AUGCAGGAGUCCAUCUUGACCGGAAUCGGAGCACAUUAUUGAUGACGUCAUAGCUCAACUUCUCGAUGUUUAUUUUCAUGUUUUCAUUAAAAGUUUUCAUUUAUUUAUGUGGAAAAGGUCUCUUUUUCUACUUUUUUAGUAUAAAUAACGAAAUACCGAAUUAUAUAAAUUUUGAUGAGGACUUUUCUGAAGUAAAAUUGAAUUUCUCAUCGAAUGGUGUGAACAAUUUUUGUUUUCGUGUAGAAAUAAAAGACUUUAUGAAGGUAUUUUCAUUCACGGAUUAUGAGCACAUGAGUGUUUCAAAAUGUUCAGAAUUUUAUUCUGUUCGAAAUGUUUUUUUUUUUACCCAAAGGCUCACUCAGCGUUUAUUGUUCAAAAUUCAUUAAAGCUCCAAGUUGUGAAAACCAGAGAUGCGGAGUAAAAAUCGAACGUUGAGCUUUAAUGAAUUCAUUGAAUUCUGAAAGAUAAACACUAAACAGUAGCAGCUUUGGAUAAAAAACUAUUUUGAACUGGAUAAAAAUAAAAUUCUGAACAUUUUUGAUUUUGGUAUUUUAAAACACUAGUGUUUUCAUUGAAAAUUUCGAGAAAUUUCAAUUCAAUAUAUCUACUUACAUAAUAAUUUAUCCAUGAAUGAAAAUACUAUAUUAUAAUAUAAAGUCGUUGUUUCUGUAAUUCUGCUGGAAAGCAAACCAUUCGACGAAAAAUGUCAUUUUAAUCGUCGACCCGACGAUUUUAAUUAAGAAAAGUCAUCAUCGAAAUUUACGCAAAUUCACUUUAUUCCUACCAAUAAUGAUUAAUAAAGUCGAAAAACUGAAUUUCUCCCAUACAAUUACCUGUGAAAACUCGGAAAAUGAUAAAUAAACAUCGAGAAGUUGAGCUAUGACGUCAUCAAUAAGGUGCUCCGAUUCCGGUCAGGAUGGACUCCUGUUUAUGCCGUGUUAUAAAUUAGUUUAGCUUUAAUUUAAAUUUAAGAAAUAUUAUUUUAAUAACUUAUAUUUUUAUUAAUUAAUUGUAAUUAUGAGUCCGUGCGUUGUUCGAAUUCACAAGGAAAUAUAUUCUCUUCUUCGACAUCCUCCCAAGGAUUUCAUUUGCCGGCCGAAAUUUGAUGAUUUUUCCCUUGAAAUAAUUUUAAAUGGCGCUCCGGGGACAUGUUACGAAAACGGAACGUUUGUUCUUGAACUUGUUGUACCAAAACAGUAUCCGUUCGAAAGUCCAAAAUUGCAGUUUAUGACUUCGAUUUAUCACCCGAAUGUCGAUAUUUCCGGAAGAAUUUGUCUUGAUUUGUUAGGUGGUGGUUGGUGUCCUUCAAAUACCUUGCAUCACUUACUGGAAGCGGUAAAGUGUUUGAUGUACCACCCUAAUAUUGAGGAUCCUCUUAUUCCAGAACGGGCUUUUCAGUAUAAAUACGACUAUGAUGAAUUUCAACGCAAAGCCAAAGAAUGGACGCGAAUUUUCGCUCCAAAACUUGAUAUGAAUGUAUUGAAACCGCCGAUGGAUUACAAUCGUAAACGCCAAUUCGAACAAGAAGAAGUGACGUACGGAAGUCGUAAACGAUAUUUUUAAUUUAAUGCAACUUUUUAUAGUUUUGUACCGGUGAUGCGUGUCUGAGAUGAUCUGCAUUUUUGAUAACAUUUUGUACAUUCAAUGUAAUUUUUGUUCGUGUUUUGUAUUUUCUAUUGUUAGUAUUUUUUGUUGCCGUUCUUAUAAUGUUUCAUGUAAAAAUAAUGGUCACUAUGAGUUAUUUGUAAGAAAUAGUUUGAAUUUUCGAUCUUUAUUACGAAUUCUUUUCUUUUUAGAACCUAUUUAAUAAUCUUUUUCACAUAUUAUACGAAUUAAUUGAACAUUCGGGUAUAUAUGUCAAGAAGCUUUUACUUAGAAAAAUUGAAUUCUUGUAUUGAAAAUUUUGAUGCUGUGAUUAGGUUUUAAUUUUUGAAAUUGGUAGGAAUAGCGCCACUUUAUUAGUUCUUUAUUAUAUAAUGCAACUUGAUAUUAUUUCAAGUAUGUAUCCCAAUCAUUACUUUUUCUCUUUUGUGUUUGAGCCGUCAUGAACAUACAAAGAGAUGCUUAAUUCUUUUUCUAGCUGAAAAAAAAUUAUAUUAGCAUAAAAGAUCUAUCAUUAUUUCUUUUCUCAUAAUCAUUAUGCAUUGACCUCUUGGUCCAAGUUUUCAUCUACCUCUUUAACUUGGUGUUUUGAAUGACUUUCAUCCAUUUACCUCAACUAAUGGUUUAAAAUGUUGAUCAAAGAAAUGUUUCGAUGUUCAAGAUAGUUUCUUAUCAAAAUAAAAAAUUGUUGAUCACAUGAAAGCACCGCAAUGUAUGUGCGACUAUAACUUAACAUCGUUUUUUGAAAUGACUUCACAUAUUCUUAAGUACAUAUUUCAUAGUGGGUCAGCCACUUCACUUUUUGUUUUGUUUUUUUUUAUUCAUGUAUUGAUGUAUUUUUAUCAUAGGGUGAUGUCCAAAAAAUUUUCAGUAUUAUUCACAAUUAAAUUAAUUACUUUGUUACCGAGCAUUAUCAACUGUUUUACUCGAAUUUGAAAUGUUCUUUUUUUGAAAUACAUUUUCUGUAUCAUGUUUCUCAUUGAAA